UACGGAGGUUGGAUACCAUGGCGUCCAUUCGAUAUUAUAGAUUGUGAUGUUGUGAUUUUUUGAACUUUCUACUCAAAUUUUCUGCGAUCGGGUAGGAUAGAUGAAGGCCACGCGUUCUGCGGAGUAUGUAUGAACAGCAGCCAUCCGUAUUAUAUCCUGCAGGGCAAUAUAUAUUAGUUUAAGAAGAACAGGGAUAUAUAUCUUUUCCAGACAACCUAAUAUUGGAAUGUCUGACAGCAAGCAAUUCAAGCAUUCAGUUGAUUUAUUUUGGCUUGAAUAUACCUGCACCCGAGACGACACAAGAUAAAAAUGGCCGUCGAUUCUUUAACAGGCUUAAAGGAAGGAUUUUCGUUAAACGAACCGACUCAAAAUGAAUCGGGAUUCUUCUAUGAAGUUCAGCAGUAUUGUCAACGCGUGCAAGAUGGUGUAAAAAUGCAAGAUUAUUCCGGUGUGGGUUUACAAAUGGACGGAAAUGAAGAAGUUAAUAGGAGUAUCAUGUUUAAGGUAAUAGAGUUCACCGGCCUAUCAGAAAGCGGGGUAUUCGGGUUACAGCUGCAUCGCCUGCAUGUUACACAAGUGUUGGAUAACAAUUUAAAAUCAGCCAUCCGAGUUAAGGAUAUCGAGAAAGACUCGGUUGUUUCUCACGACGGAAGACUCAAAAUCGACGACUGUAUUGUGAAGAUUAAUAGCAUUCCCCUUGCUGGACUUUCCACAGAAGAGGCUAGACAAGUUCUAGAAGAGUCCGUUUUGUCUGGCCACGUUUCCCUGACAGUGCUAGAAGCACGCGAUGUUGAAGUGACAAAUGACCCUAGCGACAGUGAAUGUAGUAUUGGUUUACAAAACACAGUUGAACAAGAUUUACAGAGAAAGAUCCAUGUUCUAAAAGAUUCAAGAGGAUUAGGAAUACAAAUUGUUGCAAGAAAGGGCAGAAUUGUUGUGACUGGAGUGUCUGAAAAUGGUGCUGCUCAUAGGGAUGGUCGCAUACAAGUUGGAGAUGAACUGGUAGCAAUCAAUGGCAAUGGUCUUGCUGGCAUAGAAAAAGAAGAGGCUGUAAAUUUAUUACGAUCUUCUCCGAGAUUAAUACAACUGGUGCUUAAUAAUAGUUCUCAGGGCAAAGAUUCCGACUCAUCCGAAGACGAGAUGUCCGUACCGCAGCCUUCGACGAAAAACACUGAAGAAGUGGGUCUGAAAAAGUUCAUUCGUCGUCGUACAACGGACAAAAAAGUCACUUCACCAGGAAGGCAGCAUUUGUACGAAAUCACUGAUGAAAGCGCUCAGCCUGCAGCGCCCGCUUCCCAGGAAACCGAACGACAAACCUCGGCCAGACCUCGUUCCCAGGCCUCCCCCACAAAGUCGGCUUCCACUGGAAACAACGAGCGUAGGAAUAAACAAGCUUCUCUCGAAGCGGCAAAGAAACGCUACUCCAAACGCAGCGUCAGCGAUGACAGUAUUCUGCUGAAUAGCGAUGAAAUUCAGAAUAUUUUGGGCGAAAGCCAGGCGCAUGUCCAGCGGACAUUCUCGGUCAUUUUGGUGAAAGGUCCAACGAAGAGUUUGGGGUUCACCAUCGUGGGUGGUCGUGACUCGCCGAAGGGGAAAAUGGGAAUUUACGUGAAAAGUAUUUUGCCCGGGGGAGCUGCCGCCAGCGAUGGCCGUCUCAGAGAAGGAGACGAGAUUGCCUCGGUCAAUAGCGUGAGUUUGAACAAUUUUUCCCACGCCGAAGCUGUGCGGAAGUUUAAGCGUCUCGGACAAGGUAUAGUGAACCUCGUUGUCCGUCGACCUUUCUCGAGUACCUCCGUGGAAUCGACAUCCUCCAAGUCGUCCCUGCGUCGGACGUCUUCGCUUCAUAACGUAAACACGGUGUACUCCCCACCCUUGACCGAAAUAAAAAAGAUUAAAUUCACCAAAGAAAAACAUGUAGAUCUUGGUUUUUCUAUUGCUUGUGGCGGUUCAAAGGACACAAACGAUUACGUGGUCUAUGUCCAAUAUAUUAGCGACAGCUCCCCUGCCAUCGAGAAAUUGCAGGUCGGAGAUGAAAUUCUGAGCGUCAACAGCGAGGACAUUUCUCAUAAAUCAUUCGAGGAUGCAGUAGGAUUCCUAGAAAAAAUCCCACAUGGUCGCGUGACCAUGGUGCUGAAGCGACCACGAGCGAAGCCAUCGUUGCUGCUCGUGGAUAACGAGAGUGACUAUGUUGACUCGUCGAGUUUGGACGGUUCUUCGGAAGCUUCCGACUCCCCUGCGUCAGUGAGGAAAAGAAAGAACCUGAGCCUUCCUGGGUCGUUUUAUUCAGCGAAAUUGAUCGAAGAGACAGUUAAGUUAUCGAUGGAUCCAGACGAGGAUUUUACAGACGGCUCGCGUCGUUCUCACAAGUUCGUGACCGUCGGCGAACCGACUUUCUCCCGAGGAAAAGGCGACGGGGAGGAAUCCACGGAUUACAUGGAGCCAGGAAAGGCGAUUUCGAGCAAAAAUUAUGUCGUCAGCCCCCGCAACGUUCCCGAUGGUUUUGAACUGCAUUUGGUUCGCAUCGAUAAAGAACUGAACGAAUCUCUGGGCAUCUCCCUGAUCCCCUUUGGGGAACACAUGAAAGGCCUUUUUAAGAUACGUCGACUAUUAUCGGGUAGCGUUUGCGACAAAACUGGGGAUCUUUUCGUCGGCGAUUGCCUCGUCUCAGUGAAUGGCGAAGAUUUGAGAGGAAAAUCGCAUACAGCUGUCCUGCAAGAACUCAAGAAGCCAAGAUCAAACUUGACUUUGGCUGUACUGAGAAAGAAGUCCACGAACCAGGCUAAAACGCAGGCUUCUGGAAGUUCUUUUCAAAAAGAGUCCAUGGGAUCACCCCUACCUGCUGACCUCCCACCCCCCUUGCCUUCAUCGUCCCCGCCUCCCUUGUCGGAUGAUGAACAACAGACAUACAAGAAAGAUGAACUGGACAUCUUGCUCGCUAGUGAUCAAGGAUUUGCCCCACAACCCAAGGGAAGGACUUCUUCUUUCAGAGAACAAGAAUUUUCCCCACAGAUAAUGAAUCUGGAGGACAGUGUCUUCGCUUCGCCUACUCAUGAAGAUUUGAAAAUUGCAGCCCAUGUUCGUACAUAUGUUUCCCCACCUCCAAACGCCGCAGUGGACAAACUCGAUCCAGGUACUGGAGCCGGGGUUCUCCCACCUACCACAGAGAACGAAGUGUCAACAAACAAAGGGUCCCUCCUGCCCCCUCCUUUUGUAUACGCCGAAGAUACUGAACUCGGGGAGUUUCAAAGACAGGCCUCCUUUAGCAAGUACAUUCUUAAACCCCCACCGAUGGUUGAAGACGAGGAAUCAGUCUCUACAAUUAUUGAACAGACCAAGGUCCUACCCCCAUCAAUGUCCAUCAAUAAUAAUGAUUAUUCACAGAAAGACAUGAAAGAGGAGCAGAGUGGCACCCUAGAAACUGUUCACGCUUUUAUCGUACCCCCACCUACCAUAGCGGCUCAGGAUAAAUUCGCUACCCCUUCAAAUUCAGAACCGAAUAUAUUGGCGUCUAGUUCUCCGCACGAAAGCGCAUUUUCACCCUCGGAAUACCACGAGGAGGAACACAAUGAACCUUCGUUGCAGAUUAUCCCCCCGCCUCCUUCACAGAUUGAACACUCAGGGACAUUUCCAUCAAUCGUAUCACCGCCGCCAGAAGUAGACCGAUUCUACUCCGAAUCUCAUUUCGAAGAUGAUCCUCCUCCAGUAUCUAUUUCUCGUACCCCAGUGCGCCCAAACACAUUGAACUUUGCCCCUCCUAAACACCAAUUUGUAUCAUCAACGUCGACAUUUGAUAUGCCGCCACCUCCAUCGUUUGUUCCUCCCCCUCCCCCAAAAUCAAUAUCCCCCACCGCCUCUUUCACAUCACCUUUAAAAUCCGUUUCCCCUACCUCUGAACCAUCCACAACCCUCCCUUCCUUAGACAUCUGUCCUCCUCCCCCAUCUUUUGUCAAACCUCUGGACCAUUCUCUUAACCAAACGCGGCAAUCAAACUCCCCCCUUGCUAGUCCAUUACACUCAAACCCAACACAAACGAAAUCGCCCCCUCUUUCACGUGAACCCAACGUACGCAAACCGCCUCCCCUCGUCUCACCACCGCAUCGCUAUCCCCACAUAGAAGCACAAGCAAUAGAUUCACAAACCCCAGUUCCUCAACCAGAACAGGCCUCACAGGUUACACAGUCAGAAAAACAAAAAACAAAUCGCAUCUCUCCAUCAAAUUCCGCGAUAUGUCUGCUUGAUGAGAUUUUAGAGUCCCAAGACGCAGAUACGACGUCGUCCUCUUCAGAUUCAAAAUCCAUGGAUGUGACCACGGUCGAUGUUAUCGAAUCGAACGUGGUGGUCGACGAAUCGCUGGCGCCGAGAUCAUACCCCGCGGAUGAGAUAAACACUGUGUCAGCGGAGUUGCCUGUCGAGGACGUUUCUGGCUCUAAGGCGUCGCUGUUGUCGCAUAUGGUAAUUGGGAAACGUUCCGAAGAUUUUCCAUUUAUGAUCGAGUUUGAACUGAAGAAAUCCAAAGGACUGGGAAUGAAAGUUAGUUCUUCGGCUGACGGUCGAAUUGUAAUCGUGGAACUGUCGGCAAGUGGGAUUUUAAAGAAAGACGGACGAAUAAGGGUCAACGAUUACGUAAUCGCGAUCAACGAUAUUUGUGUGUCCGGUUGUUCACUCAAUCAGGUGAAUAACAUCAUAAAACACGUCAAGAAGGGCGCUGUCCGAUUGAUUGCAGAAUCCCCUGACGCUGCGGGCAAGAAUGAAGACAGGCGCGAGUCUGGGGCGGAUAUUGACGUUAGUGCAAACCGACAGAAGAAAACUAAUAAACUGCCUCCUCGCGCCAUGAGCUGGGAAGGGGUUGGAAACGAGGAUUUUGUACAUGGCGUCCGACAUCCUUCCGCUCUCCACGGGGGAUACCACGACACUGGGCCGGAAUGCGAGUCACGUGACAUUAACUUGGAAUCACGGGACAUUUUUACGGAGGGUGGGACGUUGUUCGGAGAUCGGAACACGUGGAAGAAAUCCUCCGUAGGCCUGCUGCAAGGCCUCGGUCCGAAAUCUUGGAUACUAGGAACGAUCUUAUGGACAAAGAUACCAAAAGAAAAAUGAAGAAAAAGGCGUCGGUUAAGGAGAGAUUGGGUCGAGUGUUUGGAAGGGACUCUACGAGACCCGUAACCACUUCUCAGAUGAUAACUUCA